GCUAUAUCAGCGAGUGGGCGGGCACGGGGCUUCCUUUAGUGCGCGUCCGCCCGCAGCGCAGCAGCCUCGCUCAGUCGUGCCUCAGCCCCGCGAUGGAGGACAGCGCCAUGGACAUGGAGAGCAUGGGCCCACUGCGUCCGCAGACUUUCCUAUUCGGCUGCGAGCUUAAAGCGGAUAAAGAGUUUCAGUUUAAAGUAGAUGAUGAAGAAAAUGAACAUCAGUUAUCUCUGAGAACGGUUACUUUAGGUGCUGGAGCCAAAGAUGAAUUACACAUUGUAGAAGCAGAAGCACUGGACUAUGAAGGCAACCCUACAAAAGUAGUACUGGCAUCUCUGAAAAUGUCAGUGCAGCCUACAGUUUCAUUGGGUGGCUUCGAGAUCACACCCCCAGUGGUGCUGAGGUUGAAAUGUGGCUCAGGGCCUGUGUACGUCAGUGGUCAGCACCUCGUAGCGUUAGAAGAAGAACCAGAAUCAGAUGAGGAGGAAGACGAUGCAAAAAUUGUUAAUGCUUCAGCAAAGAGACCAGCAAGUGGAGGAGCUAAACCACCACAGAAAAAACUAAAAUUAGCAGAAGAUGAUGAGGAUGAUGAUGAAGAUGAGGAUGACGAUGAUGAUGAUGAGGAUGACUUAGAGGAUGAUGAGGAAGAAAUUAAAGCACCAAUAAAGAAACCUGCUCGUGAGGUUGCAGGGAAAAAUAUGCAGAAAGCAAAGCAGAAUGGAAAAGACUCUAAGCCAUCCACACCAGCAUCUAAAUCAAAAACUCCAGAUUCCAAGAAGGAUAAAACUCUAACUCCAAAAACACCAAAAGUCCCUCUGUCAGUAGAGGAGAUAAAAGCAAAAAUGCAAGCAUCUAUAGAUAAGGGUACUACCCUUCCUAAGCUGGAGCCCAAAUUUGCCAACUACGUUAAGAAUUGCUUCAGGACGGAGGACCAGAAGGUCAUUCAAGCUCUCUGGCAGUGGAGACAGACUCUGUAAGAAAAGAAAACAGUUUAAACAGUUUGUUAAAAUCUGCAGUCUUACUUCUGUAACCAUUAUUUGGCUGUUCUUUUUACAAAUACUGAAAGAGCUUUCCCUCCUGUGUCUGAUAAAUGUCAUCCAGAUUACCUUGCCAAGAAUGUGUUGUCCAAAAUGCCUGUUUAGUUUUUAAAGACAGGACUCCACCCUCAGCUUCAUUUUAAGUAUGUAUGGAAUGUUUUGAUAAGGCAUGGUGGUGGUCAGACAAAUGGAAAUGGUGGGGAGACUAAUUGUAUGUGAAAGAAAUAAAAUUUAGUAUUUUAAUACAGUA